AAAAUUAAUUAUUAAUUAGUAAAAUAAAUAUACUAUAAAAGGAUAAAUAAAAUGGAGACAUAUUUAAGAGAUAGUGAGAAUAAAAGUAAACCUAAUCCUCUCUCAAGUAAUAAAUAUAAUAUGGAUUAUCUUUAUGCAGGUCCUACUGGAUUAAAGAGGGAUUAUGAAUCUUUGUAUAAAGCUUUAGAGUACUAAACAAUUUAAAAAUUAAGCAAUAUAGAGAAUAACAAUGAAAAUUUGAUCAGAGAGGCAAAUUUUUAUAGAGAUGAAAAUUUUAAAUAUCAAUAGCAAUUUGAUAAAGUGUUAAACGAUAACAAGGCUCUCUAUUUAAGAUGUAAAGAGUUGGAAUCAUAUUUGUUUUAAACAAAUCCUAACUUUUAGCACUAAUAUGGUUCAGUAAUUCGUGAAAACGAAGAUCUUAGAAGAUAAUUACAGUAAAAUGGAACUUAAUUUUCUGCUAAUUUGAAUGGAUAAAUAAAUUCUGAAGGUGUUGGUAUAUAGUCAUCAAAUAGAAUGCUUUAGCUUUAAAGAGAAAUUGAAGAUUUAAGAAGAGAAAAUUAUGAUUUGAAAGUUAGAUUGCAAGCUUAACUAUAAGAUAAAGGUGUACCAUAUUCAAGAUCCUAAAUUAACUCUCCAGCUAAAUUGAGUUAAUCUAUAUAUACAUCUCCUCCCAAACCAGUUAUUUCACAUUAAAAUUAUUGUGAUAAUGUUAUUUCAUCUAAUGAAUAGCACAAUCGUGCUGUACUAGAAAGAUGUAAAUCAAUAAUUGCUUCACAUAAUUAUUACUGA